AUGGCUAGUGGAACAGUAGUCUUUCUUGCCCCAAAUGGUGCCAACCAAGAUGGCCAGGGGAUUCCUGGUGCUGCAGUUACACAGCCACCGGGAAUGAUACAAUAUGUAGGCCAGCAGUUCGGAAGCCUGAGGAGGCCACUUCAGCAGAACCUCCAAGUGGGCCCAAUGGAGAAAUUUCUCAACGUUGCCAAGACUCUGGGGGCCAUCCAGAUCAUCAUUGGAUUGAUACACAUUGGCUUAGGUGGUGUUUUAGCUGCUGUUUGGGGUCAAGCACGCUUCAUUUCUAUUGCUGUUAUUGGAGGUUAUGUGUUCUGGGGUUCAUUAUUUGGAGAUGGACGGUGCAAGUGGCUCCAUACUUAUGCCAGGAUGCUGGCUCAAGGAAGGCACGUGGUGGCUAAAAGCCCUUCAGAGCACGCUCAGUUGCCACCUGUCUUGCACUCCUCCCAGCAUAAUGGCAAGAGGACAGCCCAAGGAUUGGGGGAAGAGGAUCGGAGGGUGAAAACCAGUGUGGGAAUGAACAUUUUAAGUGCUAUAAUGGCACUAACCGGCAGCAUUUUACUGAUCGUAGAUCUGCUUUUGUUUACUCUCUCUUCUUGUACAUACGACUGUGACCGUGAAUAUGAAUGUUACAUGGGAAGACAGCCAGUGGUUUUUGUACCCUACACUGUCAGCGGAGGUGUGGUGGCUCCCAGUGACCACUGCCCUCCUCCUCUUCCAGCCUAUAAUGUUGAAGACCCAUUUCCCAAAUGA